AUGGUACUGCAAUAUGUGCUCCUGCAAGAAGACAAAGACUUGCAGAAAAAUGGUGGAGCUGUGCACCCUGAGACCUCUGAGGGUGUUGAUCAUCCGCCAUCAGCACAAGUCACGGAAGCACCUAUUCUUCCAGUGGUGCCGUCUUCCCCACAGAACUCAUCUCAUCCCGCAGAACUUACAGGAGAUAAUGGGCAGUCUGUCCCUGUCCCAGAUGUCCCUCCCCAACUACCUCAAAAUCCACCACAUGCUCCAUUGGAGGACACUCGUCCAAGGCCCCAUGACAAUUGGUAUCUUCAUGAUCAUGGUCACUCCAGGGAGCCUCAUAUCCACGACCUCCCACUCAAUGAUCCCCAUGACCUGCACCCUCGCCAAGAGAACUCUCCUGGACUACAUGAUGACUGUCGCUACCCCAGUGAUGAGCCAUGUGGUGCGCAUAUGUACCACAAGGAGGUAGAUCGGGAGUAUUUGUAUUACGGCGACCACAGUGAAACCUACCCACCGGGAUAUUCAUAUGCUCCUCAGCAUGAGAACACAGGCUAUCAUGAUGCCACUGGGUAUAGGCGACCAUACUAUCAUGAGGCUCGGUACCCAGAUCGUGAGCUUCUUGAUGACCGCUUGCGUGGACCUCCCCCGCUGGACAUCCAUGGAGAAUACAUGCGUCCAAGCAGUCGCGAGGGUCAUGCUGGCUAUGAGCAUGCAUAUCAGCGCCAGCCUCCUCGACACCGCAGCAGCCGGAGUCCCAUUGCCAAUGUCCCACUCACCUUGCCUGGUCAGGUGGGAGAACAGGAACAACAUGAAGGAGCGGCCAUUCCAAGGUAA